AUAAUAUAUUCUAGUAGGACCAUAUUGGACAAAAAUAAAUCAACAAUCUUGCUCAAACUGCUUUGUGCCUGUCGUGGUUACUCGGAGCCGCAGCACUCACUGCCUCGUCACCAGCCGGCCUCCGCCGUUCAGGAAGUAAUGAGUUACAGAUGAGAAUGCAGUAAUUUAUAUAUGCUCAAUUCCGACAGCUACGGAGGUUUGCGAGUGCUGUCCAGUUCGGGACCAACAGCCAAGAUGGUCCGGACGGCGAUUUUACUGUUUGUAGGAGUCUGUGUCUUGCUUUUUGUGCGUGGGGGCAGCGGCGAUUGGACCGAAGAAAAGAGAAGUCACCAGCCCAAAAAGCUGACGACCAGAUCCAGUGAUCUGGAGAAACUGGUGAAGAAUGUAGCCAACAUCGACUCCAUGUGGAAGGACGUCCUCAGGCCCAUGCUGAGGGAGAGGGUACCAGGGACACCGGGAAACCAGUUUGUCAGACAGCACAUCAUCAGCCAGCUGCGGAGUCUGCAGGCAGGCUGGGAGGUGGAGGAGGACCAGUUCACUGACACCACUCCGGAAGGGGACGUGGAGUUUGUCAACAUCAUUGCCACACUGAACCCACAGGCCAAGAGGCACCUGACCCUGGCCUGCCACUACGACUCCAAGAUGCUGAAGGGCUUCAUCGGAGCCACGGACUCGGCAGUUCCCUGUGCCUUGAUGCUGAACAUCGCCAGAAAUCUGGACAGUCAGCUGGGCACUAUGAAAAACAAGCAACAGUACCUUCAGGAGUGGUGGCAGCGAUUCCAGGUGUGGGCUCGGUGGGAACGGCUGACUGCUGAGAUUUGGGAGGGGGCUAGACAGUACGCUCACCAGGAGCCCGACUUGACUCUUCAGUUGAUCUUCUUCGAUGGAGAGGAGGCUUUCCACCAGUGGACGAGUACCGACUCCAUCUACGGAGCCCGGCACCUGGCACGGCAGCUGGCAGAAACUCCGCAUAAACUGGACUCCAGCCACAAGAUGCUGGACAGCAUGGAUGUGAUGGUUUUGCUGGACCUACUGGGUGCUAAGAACCCCACCUUCCCCAACUUUCAGUUCCGCGGUUCGGCUGAGAAAUGGUACAACAGGCUCAGGGAUAUCGAGAAAACCCUGCACGGAAAGAAGCUCCUGGACGAACACUACUCCUCCAACCAGUACUUCACAGGACACCAGUAUAACGGCAGGAUCGAGGACGACCACAUUCCCUUCUUAGACAGAGGAGUGAGCAUCCUGCACGUGAUCUCGGCGCCGUUCCCUCAGCAGUGGCACCGCACGACAGACGACGAGGCCCACCUGGACCGGACCACUGUCGCAAACCUCAACAAGAUCCUGACGGUCUUCGUGCACGAGUACCUGCACCUCACCGGCGCCAGCAGGAAAUGACUAAAGGCAGACCUGUAGACAAACUUUAAUCUCCAAGCAGGUGUUUUGGUAGCUGAAAAGUACCAAAUGAUCACGAAAGUUCAUCUGUGUUGGUAGUUAUAGUAAAAUGUUGAACUUUUAACAUUUCAACACACGCAUUACACGGAGGUCAAGUCUUCAGCGACCACUGUCGCCUUCAUCAGGAUGAUUAUGGUCUUGUAUUGGUCAUUAAUUAUCCUGAUGAAGGCGACAGUGGUCACUAAAAAUUUGAUCUCUGUAUAAUUUGUAUGUUGGAAUAAAGUUCAACAUUUUACUAUAAUACAGCAGUAUCAAAUUUGCCAGGCAGUAUCCAUAAGCCAGACAGUAUCUGUUGGCCACUGGACUCUCCUCUGGCCAAUGGAUACUGCCUUGCCACCGUAUGAUUUGAUUGGAGAUUAGACAAACUUAACCGUCCCCCUGUUGCCGCCAAACCCCAUACUAGUAACCAGUCCAGAUCUGGUGCCAAACAGCUACCUUAGCGUACCUAAACCUCACCCUGCCAGGGCCUUUCUUUCUUUAUUCAAGUUGCACAACAAGUGUAAACUGGUCAUGCACAAGGGAACUGUUACUCAAGCAACAGUUACUGGAUAGAUUUUGAAAUAAAUAAGGGAGGACUUCCACCACCUAAACCUUCAUAACAUCAACCCACAGGAUAGAGGCAAAUGGCGAGCUGCCAUCAAGCCUCAGCAUCAGUGUGCAAGCACGUCUAACCCUCGUGAGUGAGUCAGUCAGUCAUUUCAAGUAGCAUCCACAAGUUUUUGUCAGUGACUGGACAGUCAGUAUGUGUUUCUCCUGUGGGUUGUCUUUCUUUCAGUCUAGUCACAGACAAAAAGUAGUGGGUGCUGCAUAAACCGUCUGACAGUUCUCAAAAUCUAUCCAGUUGCUUGUGAAGUAACUGUUUUCUUGUGUAUCUCAUUACCUGGAUGUGUAACCUUUAUCGACGUAUUGGUAAUGGGUGAGAUAGCUGGACAAUGUUAACCCUGGCACCAAAUUUGUAUUGGUUAUAGGGUUAGGCAGCAGGGAGAAGGUUAAAGAAAUUGUCUACGAACUGGUCACUGAAGGAACCAAGGAGAGAGGGUGAAAGAAUUUUAACAUAUGUCAUAAUAAAAGCUAUUUGACCAAA